AUGGUCCAAGCAGUCUCAUUUCACGUUACAGCAAACUCAGCACAAAAUUAUUCAACAACUACAAUAUCAUCAAUAAAUAAUUCUUGUUUACAACCUUUACAUCAAUUGAAUCUUAAAGAAAUAGUACGAAACGAUCAUUGUUAUGAUGAGAAAAAAGUGCUUGUUCCGCAAAAAUUAAGUCAGAGACAAAUUGUGGAAAAAGAAGAUGUUAAAGAAUUUGGUGACAAAGGUUUAAUCACUCUAAACAAACCACAAGCCAUGAAUACACUGACUGGUUCAAUGUUAAAAAAAAUCAAUGAAGUUUUAAGACAAUGGGAAUCAACAAAGCAAAUUGUAAUGAUAAAAGGAGCUGAUGAAAAGGUAUUUUGUGCUGGUGGAGAUAUUAAGAAAAUAAGUUUUGAUCUAUCAAAACCAGGUGGUACAGAAAUUGUAAGAGAUGCUUUUCGUCAACUCUAUAUAUCAAGCCAUUUAGUUGGAACCUUCAAAAAGCCUUACGUGGCAAUUAUAAAUGGUAUUGUGAUGGGAGGUGGUGCUGGUCUCUCAAUUCAUGGAAAAUACAGAGUUUCAACAGAAACAACAGUAUUUGCAAUGCCAGAAACACGUAUUGGAUAUUAUCCAAAUGCUGGUGCUACUUAUUUUCUUCCACGAAUGAAUGGACAACUUGGAUUUUAUCUUGGUUUAACAGGAUACAAAUUAAAAGGAAGAGACAUUAAACUUACUGGAAUUUCAACACACCAUGUGUCUUCUUCUCGACUUAAAGAAUUAAAUGAAGUUCUUUUAGCACCUGGUGUUGUUGAUGUUGGUAAAAUUCUUGAUAAAUUUGAUGAGCACGAUUCAACAGCUGAACUGAGUCUAGCUGAUCAUUCAAAACAAAUUGCCUAUUGUUUCUCUGGUGAUACUGUUGAAGAAAUCAUUAAAAGAUUGAAGGAAGACAAUAGCACGUGGGCUCAAAGUGUCAUCGAGACACUUGAAGGAUUGUCACCUACUGGUCUGAAAAUAACUUUGGAAAUUUUCAAACGAGGAAAAACUAUGAGCUUUGCUGAAUGUUUGAAAAUGGAAUAUGUUGUGGAUUGCAAUUUAGUAAAAAACGAAUCAGAUUUCGAAGAAGGUGUUCGUGCUUUGUUGAUUGAUAAAGACCUUUUGCCUGUAUGGAAUCCAAAAACUCUAGCUGAAGUCACAAAUGAGUAUAUUUAUAAUCAUUUUCAACCAAUAUGUCUGAUUGAUAUACCAAUUGGUUCAUUUAAAUGUAUUUAUGCUGGUAAAUUAUUAUUAAUCAAACAAGGAGCAAAUGAAGGUGGUGAUUAUGGUGAUGAAUAUUUUGCAAUAUUGAAUUAUGUAGAAGUUGUUGAAGCAAUGAAAGCUAAUGAGGAGGAAUUAUAA